AUGGCUAACAUCACGCUCAACGGGGAAAAAUUGAAAGCUUUCCCCCUAAAAUUAACAACUAGGCAAAGAUGUCUAUGCUCACCACUCCUAUUCAACACAGUCCUAGAAGUCCUCACCAUUGCAAUCAGGCAAGAAAGAGAGGUCAAAGGAAUUCAAAUCGGAAAACAUGAAGCACCCGAGCUUGGGGGCAGUCAGGCGCCCAAGCUGCCUCCGGCCCUGCAGGCACCUCUGCGAGGCUCAGGGGCCAUGCUUCCGUCCCUGCUCGCUUGGGUGCCGGGCCUCCUGCUAGCUCUGGCCCUGGGCCAGGCAUUCCAAUUCCCGGAAUAUGUCUUCCUUCAGUUCCUGGGGCUAAACAAGGUGCCUUCUCCCCAAAAGUUCCAACCCGUGCCUACUCUCUUGAGGAAAAUUCUCCAAGAUCGAGAGGCAGCGUCCACCGCCGGGGUCCCCCAAGACGUGUGUUACAUCAAGGAGCUGGGUGUCCGUGGGAACGUCCUCCGACUUCUCCCAGAUCAAGGUUUCUUUCUUUACUCCAAGACACGUCCCCAAGACUCCCCUUGCCUUCAGAAGCUCCUCUAUUUUAACCUGUCCACCAUUCAGGAGAAGCAACAGCUAACCAUGGCCCAACUCGGCCUGGACUUGGGACCCAACACUUAUUUCAACUUGGGGCCAGAACUGGAGUUGGCUCUGUGGCUGGUCCCAGAUACCCAAGUGUGGGGCUCAAAAGUUCCUAAGGCAGGCAGGGUGCUGCUGGUGAAGUCAGUGCCCUGGCCUCAGGGGGCCCUUCGAUUCAACCUGCAGGGUAUGGUUAGGAAUUGGAACAGCCACUCCUGGCCCAGCUUAGGUCUGCUGCUCCAGAUACUGGUGAAGGGAGAUGGAGCUUGGGAGCUGGAUGGACAUCUCCAGGACACCUGCUCGAGGCUGAGACGUUCCUUGCACACGUACCUGCUGGUGGUGACCCUAGACCCUGAGCAGUGCCACCUGGUUUCCCGAAAAAGGAGGGCAGCAGUCCCAGCCCCUAAGUCCACCUGCAAGAACCUGUGUCACCGCCAUCAGCUGUUUAUCAACUUCCGGGACCUGGACUGGCACAAGUGGAUCAUCGCCCCCAAGGGCUUCAUGGCCAAUUUUUGCCAUGGGGAGUGUCCCUUUUCUCUGACCACCUCUCUCAACAGCUCCAAUUAUGCCUUCAUGCAGGCGCUGAUGCACGCCGUGGACCCUCAGGUCCCCCAGGCCGUCUGCAUCCCCACCAAGCUGUCCCCCAUCUCCAUGCUCUACCAGGACAACAAUGACAAUGUCAUUCUGCGGCACUAUGAAAACAUGGUGGUCGACGAGUGUGGGUGUGGAUAGGCUAUCACGGAAAUCAUGUUUGUUUUAAUCUUCUAAUAAAGCUGUUUAUUCUUAAAGCUUUGGGUCUGAAAUAUCAACUUAUGAUAUGUUCAUAGUUGUUUCUUUUUCUUUUUUUUUUUUUUGCUGCUGGGGUUAUCACUGGAGCUCAGUGCCUGCAUUAUGAAUCCACUGCUCAUGGAGGCUAUUUUUUUCCCUUUUGUUGCCCUUGUUUUUUAUUGUUGUUGUCAUUGCUGUCAUUAUUGUCGGAUAGGACAGAGAGAAAUCCAGAGAGGAGGGGAAGACAGAGGGGGAGAGAAAGAGAGACGCCUGUAGACCUGUUUCACCGCCCAUGAAGAGACCCCCCCUGCAGAUGGGGAGCUGGGGGCUCGAUCGGGAUCCUUACACUGGUCCUUGUGCUUUGCCAUGUGUGCUUAACCUGCUGUGCUAUCGCCUGAUCCCCCAGUUUUUUUUUUUUUUUUUAACCAGAGUACUGCUCAGCUCUGGCUUAUGGGGGUGCUAGUGAUUGAACUUGAGACUUCGGAGCCUCAGGCAUGAGAGUCUGUUUGCAUAACCAUUGUGCUGUCACCCCCUGCCCUGUUCAUAGCUUAAAUUUCAUCAUGGCUGAUUAUGUUAAUGGAGCCAGCGAUGGCACAUGCUGGAACGUGCACAUGUCACCACUUGUUGUUUUUUUUUUUUUCCACAAAUGAUGUUCUGUUUUAUUCACUGAAAAAGGGGAUCAGAUCUUCUUCAUCAAUUUAUUCUAAUCUCCCCAAACUCCCUCACUUUAUUUUCCCAAAAUAACAUGAGAAAUACAUUUGUACAAAAACCACGUAAUUUGCACCCCUCCCAACCCCCUACCCUGGUGACUGGAUUACAGGAAUAUAGGGAAACCAGACCAAAUACAAUAAAAA